ACGCGUAACGGUCCAUCGGAGGCUCGAUCCAGAAUCGAUUCGGUGUUAUCCGAGGGAAAUCGGAGGAAGGACACCGUGGUCGAAGAUCCAUCGAAAGGACGAGUCGGUACGCGACACGCGCGACAGGAGAAGCUGGAACAGAAAUGGCGUUCACGCUGAUGUUCAUCGGCCUGUUGGCCUGCGGUUCCGCCCAACUGAUCUACCCGGACGAGUUCGAGCGAAUAAAGACCUCGACGGUCCCUCCGACUUAUUUCACGACGCCUAGUCGCCAACCGAGGCCCUCCGUGGAGAGGAACGUAGCGUACUCGCAAUCCAACCCGCUACCUCCGGAACCGCUGAGUAUAAACGUCUCCGAAGUGAUGGAAACCAGUACGACUCAGCGUGCAACGCAGGUAGAUUCAAAAUUCACCGAGAAUCCCCUGCUGGACUGGGGCGAUCACGUGAACAAUAUCAUCGUGAGAGGCGUGAUGAAGUUCGCGCUGGACAUUGAGAGAGAAAUCUACAGAACUCGAGGCACGUCGAUGAUCGACCAACGAGAAAACAUAGUUUUCUCGCCGAUCAGUCUCUCCGCGACGAUGGCCAUGGUCCUGGCAGGUUCUGCUGGCAGAACCUUCGAGGAAGUGUCCAGAGUUCUUGGCCUGGAGGCUGGUGUCGACAUCUCGCGAAACUCUGAGAUCGUCCAUCAGAUGUUUGGCAUACUGCUGAACCAGCUUCGCAGUAAAAUAGCAGGAUCGCCUGGACCUCGAGUCGACAUUGCCACGGGAGCAUUCGUCCAGGAGGGGUAUCCGAUACUUCCACAAUUCAAGGCGAUUAGUCAAAAUGUAUACGACACCGAGGUGAUAAACGUGGACUUCACCAGGCAGGGGAAACUGACACAGGAGUUGAUCAACUCGUGGGUGAAGCAGAAGACGAUGGGGAAAAUCGCCACUAUCUUGAGCAAUCCUCCAAAUCCAGCGACCAGCGUCAUUCUCUUAUCUGCGCUCUAUUUCAACGGAGAGUGGAAUCAGCACUUCCUGCCAGGAGCUACCAAAAGGAAACCGUUCUUCAUCGAGCCAAACGAAGCGAUUACGAUCGACAUGAUGUACAACGGCGGACCGUUUCCUUUCUACGAAGACAAGCAAUUGGGAGUGAAGAUCCUCGGUCUUCCCUACAAGGGCUACGAAACCACGAUGUACGUGCUGCUGCCGACAGCGAUGGGCGCGAAGGCCCUGCAAGGUUUCCAGAACCAGCUGACCGUCGACAUCAUCGAGAAUCUGAUCCAGAACAUGAAGAACGAGACCUGUAUCGUCGGUUUCCCGCGAAUGAAGUUGUCCAGUAGUCUCAGUUUGAUGUCGACGCUCGCGAGCCUGGGUCUAACGUCUCUGUUCAACCCGAAUACAGCGGACUUGAGUCUCAUGUCGCAAGGUUACAGAAACAACGCAUCCCCGUCGCCCAACACCCAGAACGACGUGACGUUCAACCCACGUUUCGGCAACGACAAGAAGCCGGAUCACAUAGUGAGGAGGAAUUACUUCACGUACGAGGACAAGGUCAGGAGUUACACGGUGGAGCAAUGGUCCACCGGAUUCUCGAUAAGAAAAUCCAGAAAGCCUCGCGAAACCGAGUCUGUUCGGAGGUCGCAAGAGGGCAGGAACUCUUACGAAGCGGAUGGAUCCGUAACCGAGGACGUGAACGUUGUGAAUCUCGAAGAGAACAAGUAUCGUUUCCAAGGUAGAAAGAGGAGGACCAGAAGGCAGAGCAGGCCCAUCGAUCAGAACUUCCUGGACUUCGUCAAGCAGCGUAAUUUACCGUCGUACGGGUUGGACGAGCUCAGGAACAGCGCCGCGUUGGUGAACCCGCAUCUGUAUGCUACCGACGUUCUUCACAAGGUGGAGAUCGACAUCACGGAGAAAGGCACCGAGGCUGCGGCCGCUACGGCCGUGUUGUUGGAGCGUGAUGGGAAUCAGAAGAGGCUGGUGGCGAACAGACCUUUUUUGUUCUUCAUCAGGCACGAUCCCACGAGGCUCGUGCUCUUCUGGGGCACGGUGAACGCUCCUACUCCGAAUUAUUCUGUGACGUAACGUGCAAAUAUUUAAAAUAUCGAGUGAUUGGAGGAUCCUUAACUUUUAAUUGAUAUUGUUUACCAUUGCUUGCCGUCGUAGCUGCUUGCCGUGUUUACUAUUGUUCGCAUCUGUUUUCAUGGACGCGCUGCUGAUGGAAGGUGGAACCCUUUGGGCUGUUUUUUUGAGUCCAUGCUUUAACCCAGGUCCCGGUGAUGGGACUGAUACGAUUAGAUAUCGAUGGCUCUCGAGCAGUUCGAUACCAGAGUACCUAAUAGGAUGUAUCGGAGUACUUUGUCAGCUGGUAUCGGUAUGGUAUUAGUUCCAUCGCUAGCGAUAACUAUUUCUGAGUGAAUCGAGAGCAGAAUGCGAUGAUUGGGUUAUGCGAGUGUUGUGUACUAGUUAUUUAUAUCGUUUUCCCUCGAAUCUCCGUAGACUCGAAUUAUAAUACGCUACUCUGAUACUAUUAAUAGCGCUGUAACGAUUUAUAGAAGGUGAAUCUGCAAUUCCUAACGAAACAGUAUUUUCUUCAUACUUAACGCUGCUCCUGCCGUUAUUCCAUGUGCAAUAUAACGUUCCAUCGAUGUAAGCACAUUCUAGUACAGUAGUACUGUUUCCUUUAACUUAUUAAAAGAAUGAUUUUAUAUAAUCGCGAUAAAUGAAUAAAUAAAUGUUUUGUAACUACAAGUGUUAUUAAUUUCUCGAAGCGUACAAAGGCCACAGCACGGAUAUGUUAUAAUAAAUUGUUUUGUUUUAUUCAAAGUAUUUUACAGUUUAUAAUACAACGUUGCAAUCGAGAUUUAACUGAAAUAAAUCGGAGAUCUUAAUUCGGACGGCUGUAGAAUUUACAGCGUAACGCUUUACAUGUUUUACAGGACGAGUAACUUCGAAUAAUGUUACCCAUCAAUUUGGAUACACGUGUAAGUACAAUCGUCUAUAAUUAAGUAGCUUUUUCUAACGAUACACAGAAUUUUCGACUUUGAUGGUUUACGAACUAAAAUUAUUGUAUUCGAUAGUUAUCGACUUAUAAUGGAAUAGUAAUCGAUUGCAAAAAUAUUUCUUCCGUAUUAUUUGAUUUCAAUACUAUUUUAACUUUUAUUUCUCACGCUUAAGAUUAAUACUUUUUUUUUUU